AUGAAGGUCUCUACCAUCUUAACUUCAUCCCUUUUCCUACUUGCAUCAAGUACCUUUGCAUACCAGGACCUCGCCACUCGAGGCGAAGAUCUUGUCGCCAAGGGCGAGUACCUCAUCGCACGAGGAGAGUACCUCAUUGCCCGUGCCAAUAAGAAGGCCGCCCCCGCCAAGAAGGGCAACAAGUCCGGUCAUCUUGGAGGAGCUGAGUCUGGAACCUGUGUGGUUCAGGCAAAGGGGGCGGGACCAGGAUUCUGCAACCUUAACACAGGGCACAGAGUUGCCUGCGAGGCGAACGCAAAAUGUACCCCGGCAAAGAAGGGUUGCGGUUGGGUUCCCGGUAGCCAGCGAGCCCAAUGUGGUUUGGAGGCCGGUCGACUUGGCCAUUAA